CUUUAGCAAGCUGACUCAGUUUCUGCUUCUUGUGGCGUGGAGUCAUUUCUGGCACAGGAAUCUCAAGUCCUUUACUAUAUAUAAGGUCUUCCUUCAGAGCCAUUUUGCCAUCUAGCGGUCUUCUCUUAUGCAUUCUUUUGUCAUCCUUCCUUUCGGUAUUCCUUCGUACUCCUGCGCUUUUUUCGGUCACACCCAAUUUAAGCGCCUUCCUCAGUCACACCCGUAACAAGCGUGUCAUCUUUCCCUGCACCCAUAAACCUUCUCUUAGGUCUUCCUCUCCUUCACCUGUCGCUUCCAUCCACAGUAUUUUCGAAGGCCACAGACAUGACUGGCCGGGUUCUCGAAAGUGCUUCUCUUGUUAAUAACGUAGAAAUUUUGUUAAUCUAUCACUGGAACUAAAAAAAAAACAUCCUUAAAGACCCGUGGAACUUCAACCAGAGCCAUUGAAUUGUAGCGGAGAUACAACACUUUCAGAAUAUGGUACUCAAUACGAUGGCAACUCUGGGGGAAGGUCUUACGUAUGCGAGGCUUCAUAAAGCUUGUAGUAAGGGAGGAGUAGAGGUAAUGUAGUGCUGGUGGCCAUAUCUACGUGUCUACCUUCCUUCCCUUACGCUGCAGGUGAGUUUCUGCUUCCUACGAGUCUACCUACGAGUCUACCUGCCUUCCUACGCUGCAGCUGUAUAGCCAGGAAAUGUUGCUGCUACUGAUGAUGAUGACAGCCUUCACUUCCUCCUGCGGCCAGAGGAACGUACCGGGCAUGGGGAGCAGCUUCGAGGGCUUAGAGGAACAGCAGAGCCAGUAUGGGGAGUUCCCGUGGACCGCCGUCGUGUUCACGGAGAUUCUCGUGGAGGGCUUCGACUUCCAGAUCUUCGCCGCCGGCGGGUCUUUAGUGCACAGACAGCUCGUGCUCACCGUGGCCCACGCUGUGAAGGACUACACCGCUGACAAGCUGAACGUUCGCCUCGGGGAGUGGAAUUUGGAGACAGAGACCGAGGCGAUCCCCCCUCAGGACCUGGGCGUGGCGGAGGUGCUGCUCCACCCUAACUACAGCGGCGCCCCCCAUCAUCACUACGACGUGGCCCUGCUGGUGCUGAAGCGGCCGGCAGUCCUCGGCACCACCGUCAACACCGCGUGCCUUCCAGCCGGCGAGGAGGACUACCUGCCUGACGGGUGCGUCGUGUCAGGCUGGGGCAAGAAGAAGUUUGAGGAUUCCAGCAAGUUUCAGGAGGUGAUGAAGGCCGUGGAGAUGCCCCUGGUGCAGCAUCACGUCUGCCAGGCGGCGCUGCAGGGGACGCGGCUGGGGCCAGGCUUCAUCCUGCACGACUCCUUCCUGUGUGCCGGAGGACAGAAAGAAGGCCAGGACGCCUGCACGGGCGACGGCGGCUCCCCCUUGGUGUGUCCCCUGCGAGGCGACCCCUCCCGCUACGUGCAGGUGGGCGUGGUGGCGAUGGGCGUGGAGUGCGGACAUCUGGGCAUACCGGGUGUGUAUGCCGAUGUGCUCAAAGCUCGACCGUGGAUCAACCAAGUCAUCGCCACGAAAUUUAGCGGCGAGAGCAAGGAAACAGAAGGCAUCGCAAACAUUCAGGGGCACUUGAGAAAACAAGGAAAGCAUCUAUCGUAGUAGUAGCUGUAGUAGUAGUAGUAGUAGUAGUAGUAGAAGUAGUAGUAGAAGUAGUAGUAGUAGUAGUAGUAGUGGUAGUAGUAAUAGUAGUUGCAUGCAUAAGAACAUAAGAACAUAAGAAAUAAGGGAAGCUGCAAGAAGCGACCAGGCUUACACGUGGCAGUCCCUUUAUGAAAUAUACCUACCUAUUUCCAUCUAUUAUCCACAUCCAUAUACCUGUCUAAUCUUCAUGUUUCAAUAUAAGCAAUACAUUUGAUAGCAAUGCACUACAACAUGUACUAAUACUGAUGUGUACGGAAGACUAAAUAGAUAACCGUUCUUUAUAAAUUGUACCCUCUCA